AUGUCCGCCGAAGAAAAUUUUCACGAUAAUGUCAAUCGUCUCUUUCGGAUGAUUGACGUUGCUGAAUUGUUCAAUGUCGGGAACAUUGUCAUUGCGUUAAAGAACAUAAAAAAUCCACGAGACCACAAACCUUGUGUCGCAUUAACUAAUCUGAGAUUAUUUAAUGUGGUUUUCGGUAACGUCAUCUCCAAUUACCCCGAGAUUGAUGAAAGUGUGAAAAAUGAACUGAAAUACGUUGGAAGUAAAAUCUGGGAUGAAUCCACAUCACAACAAAAGAACAUUUAUCAAACGUAUUGCAAGCAACACAAUGAUGAGAUAAUUGAAAUUUUUCCCGAAAAUACUCGCGGUAAUUCACGAAGUUUGAAGGAACAGCAACAAUCUAUUACCCCUGGUGGCGUAGACCCAGCUCAGAUUACCGCAACCCCAUCACCUCAAUCAACUUGGAUUAACGGGGAUCAUUUAUCCUCCUCUGAAGAUUUCCCAAUUGUCAGCGAUGUGCAAGUAUUUACCGAGAUGGUUUUUCCCGGAACGGGCCUCACCUAA